AUGCGGGACAUAACCACAAGCCGUAAACAACAAAGGAAGACAAGUGGUGAAGCAUCUGAUGGCAUUGAACACAACAUAAGUAAGAUGACAAACAUACUUAGUGACUAUGUGUCAAGUUGUGGAAAACAACUCUCAGACAUUGCUCAGAGGGUCGAUUACGAGCAAAAUGCUGCUGAGGCGAAGAGUCAACUAAACACAAAAUUAGCAAAAAUCGAUGGCCUAACGAUGGAUCACCAACACAGGACGGAUUGCAAGAUUACUAGUGACCCGAUUAAGGUGGACCUCUUCAUGAGCUUGCCAGAAAGUGAGAGACUAGCAUGGCUUCUUGGCGUGUUAUGGGGUAAUGCAUCUAUGAUGGACAAUUAG